GAUGAAAACUCAAAUAUUUGCAGAAAGGGUAGUUUUCUUAGAAGAUAAAUUUAUUUUUGAAGGAUGAUGUAGUUAAUACUUAAGAAUACACGGAUUUGAACUUUAUUCUAUUUUAAAGAUGUUUUGGAAGAAGACAAUGAGGAAAAUGCUUUGAAUCUCAUUCCAUGCUCACACUGAAAACAAUCACUUCUUUUAACAUCAUAAUCUUAUUUAAUAUCUAAUAGGCACUUUCUGUGUAGGUACUUUGAAAAAUGGGAGGAGGAAAUGAUCAUCAACAUGAUGAACAUGAGAAGGGAUUGUUUUCUAAUCAUCAUCAACCACCACCAGCAGGUUAUCCUCCCAGUGCAUAUCCACCAGCAGGUUAUCCUCCCAAUGCAUAUCCACCAGCAGGUUAUCCUCCCAAUGUAAAUCCACAAGCAUAUCCUCCUGCUCCUUAUCCUGGUGGUCCCUAUGCUCCGCACCACUCAGGCCAGUCAGGGCAUGGCAUUGGGCCAAUGCUAGCUGGAGGAGCGGCAACUGGCGUACUAGGUGCCGUUGUUGGUUAUGCUGCUGGUCACCUGUCACAAGGAGGAGGAGGAGCUGGCGCUAGUCAUCAUUUCAUGCCACCACUCGGAUCUGCUCAUUAUGGGCAUGCUCCUCCUUAUGGCGGCCAUGGCAAGUUCAAGCACGGGAAAGGUCAUAAAGGCAAGUUCAAGCACGGGAAGGGUCAUAAAGGCAAGUUCAAGCAUGGGAAGGGCGGAAAGCACGACAUGUUCAAGAAAUGGAAAUGAUUUGCAAUUCAUAAGGGUCUAAGGGCUUGGUUUUGAUUUGAUUAGAAUAAAUUAUGAUCUGUUUG